AAAAAACUGACAGCUGCUGCUCAAACGAAAAUUUGUAAAAAAAACUUGUGUUAAAAAGUGGAAAUUAGUAAAUAUAUUUAUGAAAAAUGUACACGGAUGAGGUGCGCACUCCCCAGGCACUCAAGACAAGAUACUUUUCCGAGUUAAAAUGCAGAAUAACUGCAAGUGGGCGGCGCAUGAGCACAAGCAGUCUGACAAAAGUGGCGUCUACAACGCCUACCGAUGGCGCCAAACCAAAUGCAAGUCCCCAAAUGUGUUCGUCGGCAACGGUAUGCACACCGCCCCCCAAAAGACAACAAAAGGUGCGGAAUCCAUUUGAAAAUGCUCUGGCGGAACGCUUGCACUUGCCGUUAAUUGCCAGUCCAUCGCUUUUUCAGUGCCGCACACGCACACCUCAACUGUGUUCCACACAAUUCGAAUGGGAUAUAGAAGAAGUAUCACAGCUCAAGCCUGCAGAUGUGGAGCCACAUGAAACACAAUUUCACGAUUCACCAGAUCCAGAGCAAGAAUCUAAGGCACAGCUGGCCAUAAGCACCUUCUUCAAGGAAUCUCACAUAGUGCCAAGUCCGGUCGACUGCCCGCUGCGCAAGCAACGCAUUAUAUUAAGCGAAAUUGAUGAUAAUACGCCAAUAUCUAACAAAACCAAGCCCCGUCGCCGCGACUGUGAAGUGCAAACAGAGUUGACAUUACCGCCCGUACUGCCACCAGCGCUGGAGGAGGCAUUGCGUCCACCUUACAGCCCUCAUUUAGCAGCACGAAACUGCAAGUCUGGGAGCAGCGUAGAUCUAUUUAACAGCUCCAUGCGUCGCAAAUUGUUUGAUUUGCAGAACAUAGUGGUGUUGGGUGAGUUAGAUCAAGCAGCAGCAAAACAUAUGGUGGGUUCGAGUCCACAGGGUAAGCAGACCUUGUUUGCAGGCAGGCUCUCGGAUUCCCCCGGCGAAGAAGGCUCUAGCAGCUUUGGCUGCCUGUCACCCAUACGCAAUUUAUGUGGUCUACCAAUUGGCACACCUGACGAUGGCAAUGGGAAACGGAAACAUCUGUUUCAAGAUAUGCAGGAUAUACCUUCGCCCAUUGCGCCCUCAGAGCAUUUAAGUCGACGCACACAGCAGCCCAGCACAAGUAGCAACAAUAACAACAUGACGCUAUCCGAACUCACUGGCACUGCGCGAGUUGCCUGCAAGUUUACUCCCGAUCGCAGCAGCUCGCCUAUGGCCUUGGAGUACUCCACAGACUGCAGCAUUAAUCAACGAGUGAGUCGCCUGCACGUGAAUAGCAUCAAACAAUCGUCAGGCCAGGUGAAGCAGCUGUCGGAGCCACAGCUAUUUGAGCCAGAGACAGACUAUGACACAGAUGACGUAGAUGAGGAUGCAAUGCAGCUGUCUACCCUCAGCUUUAAUUGCAGCUCAUCCAACUCCGACACGCCGCGUGGUCAUCGUCGUGGACGCUCUGCUAAUCGCAAGAAUCUGUCGCAAUCGUUUAGCGCAAAUCUACUGGAUGAGCCAGAGGAGCUACUUGAAGAGGUAAUAGUGACUGAUAAGCCAGCUCCAAGUGCUACUACAGACUCUAUACAAACUGUCCAACGUAUUGGUUUUUGUCGGACUGACAGCGGUUUCAAUGAAACUAGCAGCACCACCUCGAAUUUUGCGUGCUCCCAGGAGUGCGCUCCCUUAGAUGUCUCCAUGGUCUGCUGCUCUACGCCCUCCACGCGUUCCUGACAUUUUUAUACUAUACUUGCAGUUAGUUUAUUAAUCUAAAUUUUGUAAUGCAAUAACUUUUUCAAGGCUCAUCGAACUGCAAUGUACCCCACCGUUUAAUUUUAAAACGCCUUUUAAUACAUUUAGCUGUAAGCUUAAACUUAAAUAGCAUCUGAUUUUUUAGAAAAUUGUAAUUGUUUAAUGUCCACAAAGUUGCCAAACUAG